GCAGAGAGAGACAGAGUGAGAGAAGGGGAGAGAAGCCAGUGUUUCGUGCCGCACAGUUGGAUUGAAAGAGAGACACUUCGAGACACCUGCAUUUGUUUAAAAUAACAGAAGAAGAAAAGAGGAGUCUUCCAACAGACAGUCGGGACUAAAGGAUGUAAUUACCGAAGAGCGGAAGGAUAACAAAUCUUCAUCCAAGAACACGCACCUGCUCCUGAAGAAGGAUUUUUUUAGCUGCAUUCUUCCUUCCUCAAUCAACCAGUGUGUGUGUGUGUAUGUGUGUGUGUGUGUUUGUGUGUGUUAGUAUGUGGGUUGUAUGUGGACUGUCCUGUUUUUGGAUCUGAUUGUGUGCGUUUGAGAGGCGGCCACAUGGGGCCCUGGCCCUGUCCGAGAUGCCAGCUGCAGCAUUAAAGCCCGCUCCAGAGGACAUGGUGGCAGAGGGAGGGGGCGAAGCAGAGCGUGGCGUGUCCCAGUGGGAAGCCUCGACACCGGGCCGGGAGAGACCGCCUCUGCCCUCUCUGACGGUCCCCAGGGAGCUGCUGCGGAGCUUCCCCCACUCCAAACGGGUGGGAUCCUAUCUGGUGGGGAAGAUGAUCAACAAGGGGUCUUUUGCCAAAGUGAUGGAGGGGCUGCACAUCGGCACGGGGGAAAAGGUGGCCAUUAAGGUGAUCGACAAGAAGAAAGCACGGCAGGACUCAUACGUGCUGAAGAACAUGAAAAGAGAACCUCGAAUUCAUCAGAUGGUCCGUCAUCCUCACAUCGUAGUCCUGCUGGAGACUCUGGAGACGGAGAACAGCUACUACAUGGCCAUGGAGCUCUGCGCUGGAGGAGACCUGAUGGACAGGAUCUGUGAGAGGAAGAGGCUGGAAGAGAGGGAGGUGCGGCGCUACACUCGUCAGAUCCUCUCUGCAGUGGAGCACCUGCACAAACACGGCGUUGUACACAGGGAUUUAAAGAUUGAGAACUUCCUGCUGGAUGAACAUAACAACAUAAAGAUUGUGGACUUUGGCCUGAGUAACACUCUGAAGGCUGAAUCUUUGUCUCUGGAGCUUCUCAACACCCAGUGUGGAAGUCCAGCCUACGCCGCCCCUGAGCUGCUGGCUCACAGGAAAUAUGGACCCAAAGUGGACGUCUGGUCCGUAGGUGUGAGUAUGUUUGCCAUGCUGACAGGGACUCUACCCUUCACCGUUGAGCCUUUCAACAUCAAGCAGCUGCACCAGAAGAUGGUGAACGGGGAGAUCAGCAGCAUCCCCAGUGAUGUUAGCAAAGGUGCGGUGGCGUUUGUGUUGUCUCUCCUGGAGCCUGACCCGGUUAAGAGACCCAGUAUCAGAGCUGCGAUGGAGGAGAGAUGGAUCAAUGAGGGAUAUGCCAAGAAACCACUGCACACACUCUCUCAUAAAAACAGGUUGUGUGCAGAGGAUCUCAACUCGUCUGUGCUGGCAUACAUGACCGAGACGCUGGGCUACUCCCUCUCUGAAAUCAUACACACACUCACCAUCAACCGACCCUCCGCAAUCAUGGCCUCCUAUCACCUGCUGCUCAACAAGCUUGUCAGGAGCCAGAAGGGAGCCAAGGGGACCAAGAAACUGGAGAGCAAUGACUGGAGUCUUCCAAGCAAGGAUACAUGGAGAGAGAGGCAUAACACUGAAUCAAAGACUCAGCAACAGAAUGAACCGACCAAUGAAAAAAGCUCGAAGCAGUCCAGCAGGCCGCUGAGAGCCCAACAGACAGCUGAAUGUCAGAGCAACAGGAAGAGGCCCGAGGACCUGCGUAGAAAGGACCGACGAGAGGACGCGGAGAACCGUCCACCUUCUCCAUCUCUACCCCAGCUUCCUCACUCUGCCUCCCCUUCAAUACCCCCUCGCCUUCCCUCUCCCUCCCCCGCCCCUCUGUCUGCAGACGACGGGACCACUGAUGAGGAGACCGCCAUCACCUUGGACACCAGAGAGACGCUGUUUCCUGAAGUGUCUGUGUUCGGAGACAGGGAACUGGUCCAUCUUUCUCCUCCUAAAAGCUCUGCGUCUCAACUCUGUGACUCCGCCCCUUGCCAAGUCCCCUUACCCGCCGAGCCAAUCAGAGACAGUGGCACGUCGAGGCCGAUACGACACACACACCUGCUCAGGACAACUCAAUCGGACGGGGCGGCAGACCUCGGGUCAGACUGCUUCCAUGACAACCGCCACCAGGACGACCGCUCUCAUCACCUGAGCAUCAACGAGCGCCUGGAGAAGCUGCAGACAUUUUAUUCCUCGGAGAAGAACGGCAUCUCUCCCAGGAUGCUCCUGGAGGCCGACACCUCAGACAGAGACCACCUGGGUACCAUGGAGAUGACACAGACGUCGCCCUCUGCCCCGCUGCCCCGUCUGCGCAACGUGGGGCUAAAAGACGGACGAGGCAGGAAGAUGACAUGGGUAGGGUUGACCCGACCUGGGCCUCCAGGACUCCUGGUGAACGGCUCUAAACCUCCCACCUUCCCCUCACAGAGACAACACACUCUGGUCAUUAAGAGCCUCAGACAGGAGAGGGGCAAGAGAAAGGAUCUGUCGACAGCAGGAGGAGGAGGAGGAGGAGGAGGAGGAGGAGGAGAGAGAGGGACGGCAGGAGGAGGGCUGAGUGGAGCAAAGAGGAACUCAGUUCAGUUACGUUCAUCUCUCCAGCGUCGGGUGGGGGACCUGAAUCUGCCCCUGCUUCCUGCAGCUCUGCAGGGGAAGUCAGAUAGGAAGAACCAGCUACACAGCUUGGACUACUGAUACAUAGAUGGGAUGACAUGAUAGAAAGGCAGUGAUAGUGGCCUGAAAAAGGUGCAACGAGAAGAGAAAAUAGUAUUGAGGUUAGUGACAUAUUUAGAAAGCUGAUAAGCAAUUAAGAAAUACUGUCCUGUGUUGAAAUAGGGGCAACAUAAAGGUGAUUGAAAGAGAAGAAGGAUAAGGGGUGGAUGGUAUGACAUAUUGAGGGCAGCAGUUGAUAACUGUGCAUAGACAUUUUGAGGAGCAGGUGUAAACGGCAGCUACAAAAAAAUGCUAUUCUCCACUGUUCCAUUAACAGGACUCCUUCCCAGACAAACAACAUACAGUAUGCAUCGUUUGUAUGCUGCAGUGCCAAAAGUUAAGUCAACUCUAAGCUCAUCAAUUUUAAUUUAGCCUUUGGUAGCAAGGAUUUGGUCUACGCUACUGUUAACCAUUUCCCUCUGGAAUUUCAUGUUCAUCUCCACCCAUCACAAUGUGAAGUGCAGAAUGCACACAGACAUAUGUUUCUAUUUGUUUUCACAUUUUUGUACUAACAUUAAAAGUCAAAGUAAAAACAAGUCCCA